CCUUUCUGUGCUCUGCCCCCCUUAACCACCCCUCCCCUUCGCUUUCUUGUUUCUUUCGGCGCACGGUUCAGCUUGUCUAAUAUUUCAAUUUUUCUCCCACACUUUUGUCUGUUGCAUUUCCAAAAGAAUGGCCACAAGUCCAGUGCAUUCGUCGGGUAGCGGCAGUCCGACAAGACGGCGGGCAUCGCCGACGCAGGUCACCAACACACAGCAGCGGGUCGACUAUGACGAGGUGCUAGAGUCAGAGGUGUUUAUUGACGUCAACAAGCUGCGCAAGUACGCCCGGCACGGCAUUCCCGACGACCUCCGUGGUGUGUGGAAGUACUUGCUUGGCGUCGAAAAGUCGGAUAGAUCCAAUGAAUUCACACAGCGCAAGGCGCGGCUCGAGGGGUACCAGGAAAUCGACAAGGAGAACGUCGAUGUCAGCAAGCGGGUGCGUGGGGAGGUGAACCGGUACCUGAUGCGGACAAAAAAGGACGCGCUGGUGGAUCCGCACUCGGCGCCGGCGGUAUUCGAGGCGGUUAUCUGCGCGUACAUCAACUGCAACAACCAUGUCGACUACUCGCCGGCCCUGGUGCAAGUGUGUGCGCCCUUUGUGGCCACUAUGCAGGACGAAUGCGACGUCUACAGCGGAUUCGAGCGAUUGGCGGACGUCAUAUACGAGUCGGCGCUUGACAACAACAUUAACAAGCGGGUGGCACUGUUCCUGUCGUACUUCCGCACGAUGAUGCCGGAGCUGUACAAUUACUUUGAAGAGGAGGAUGUGGAUGUCAGCGAGUGGGCGUCGUCGUGGCUGCGCUAUCUUUUGGCCAAGGAGAUGCCGACGCGCAGCUUGCUGAGGCUGUGGGAUGUGUACUUUUCGAUGCCCGACUUUGUCGAGUUCCACCCGUUUGUUUGCUUAGCCAUUCUGAAACAUCUCAAGGAUUCGCUUGAAGAUCUGGAGCAAUCCGAGAUCCGCUCGGUGCUUCUACGUCUGCCCCAGAUGAACAUCAGCCAGGUCAUUAACCAGGCGUACAAUAUACGCAGCGAAAUCCAGGCGCGAUACGGCAACAUUGGCGGCGGGCUGGGCGACAGCCGCAACAGACGAUAGAAAGGGGAAGGGGAAAGUGGGGUGUGGGUUUUUCAUUUUAGUGGUUCAA